AGAAGAAAAAAACGAGCGACGAAGAAGAAGUCAGACACAUCAAUACAACUAUGGCAGAUGACAAGGGUCCUCUGGGUCAGCUCAAGGACCUGGUGGAGCUGAAGGACCAGUUGGAAGACAUUCAGAGACGGAUGGAGGAUGAGAUACAGGCUGGGGUUCCUCCUGGAGGCAGUCUGCUGGCAUCUCCGUUCCUGAAGGGUUUUCUCGCCGGGUACAUUGUUGCAAAGCUGCGCUCUUCAGCGUUGAUGGGUGUUGCUAUAGGAACGUGUACUGGAAUCUAUGCAGCACAAAAUUAUGCCGUUCCCAACAUUGAAAACACUAUCAAAGACUACAUGCGCAACCUGAAAGGAGGACGCAAAUGAGAGGACAGGAGGACGAGAGACAACAAGCAGAGGGUGCCACCACAGCUGCAUACGGGAACAGAUAUGUAUUUCAAAACUUAAAACGCUUCAGUUGUUAUUAUCGUCACCUUCCACAUUAAUGAGCAAAUAGGAAAACUCUAAAAUAGCAAGCCAACUGGUGGAGUAAGGUGAAACAGUGAUUCUUAUAGUAUUUCUUCCGAUUCAGUUGAUCAUCUGAACUCUUGCUACAUGAGUAUCGAAAAUAGGUGACUGACAUACAUUCUGUAAGAAAUUGAUCAUAUAAGCAGCAUGCGGAAGGGAUAACAAUUUAGUCAAUUUUAAACACGAGAGCCCAUAUUUCUUACUAAAAUAGUCGUAACUUUAUUAAUGACUUUAUUGAUAUAGCACUUGUUAAAAACAAGUUCUUUACGACAUGAAAACGAGAAAAUAUCAGAUGAAUAAAAAAAUAUACGACAAUAGAGUUGAUUCAAUAAUGAUAGUAAUAAUAUAUUUUUAUAUAUAUUAAUUCUAUGGCCAAUGAUUAAAAUUUAGACAAACUCCUACAUAUAAUAAAAUAAUCAGGGCUGAUAUAAUUUAUUUCUGACCUCAACCCCAUCCAUCCUGACACCAGGAUAUGUGCAUGUUUGUGAUUUAUUGAUACUUAAUGAGACCGACCAGUAUCCACAUGUGCAGGCCAAUUUCACCUCUUUUCUUAAGGAGGAUCACAAGAGAGAAACACACUGCAUCUCUUUUGCUGUUCAGAUAGAGAGUCUUGAGUUUCUAAAAGAGGAACACUCUGUCCAUAGAACAGCAGGCGAGUUUCAGAGGUGUGUUAUCUUUUUUGUUGUAUUCUGCUAUCUGGUGGUCAGAAAUCAAUUUUAGCAGCCUUCAGUAAUUUCACUUUUUUGCUCAGGGGGUGAUAAAACAUGUAAAAAUGCGCUCACCUCAUAUCUGAUGGUGCUCCUCUCUGUAAAACCUGUCAAAACACUUCAUUUUUGCAGGUGUCAGAGCAAAGUCUGUGAUGUGGUGUGAUGUGACACGCCUCUCCACGUGACUAUAGGUCAAUUUUUCACCGGGUAAAACAUUUCAUUUUGAAAUAACAGUUCAUAUCGCUGUAUAUUUCUCCAUGUAUUCUACCACUUCCUGCUUAAAACAGUCAUUCGGGCUAUCAAAUGAAAAAGUUUUAGUUGCACUUGUUUUGUUUUUUUUUUUAAACAAAAACAGGAAAAUGUGUGUUUAAGUAUUGUAUGUAAAAUAUAGAUAAAGAGUGCCUACUCUGGUCUGGAGUUGAUAUUAUCAUCUCAUGCCAUGUGUGCAAUAGCCUUUCCUGUUGGGGUUGGGCUGCCUAUUUCAUAUGCUGGAAACUAGGAGAUCUUUGCACUUAUAUGAUGUUUAGGGAUUUAAAGCUGUUGCUCAGUUUCUCCACAGUCAAUUUGUUUGUCGUUCAAGAAAUAUCAAAAGCUGUUACAGAAGAUCAGUUACAUGUUUACUUAUUUGAAAUGUGGUGUCUGCAUCAUCGUUAAUGAGUCGUAUUUAUGUAAAGGUGUUUUUUUUUUCUUUUUGAGGAAGAGAUAAUGUCAAUACAUUGUCCAUAAACAAUGCUGUUGCUGCAGGACGGUAGUCUGAAAACCUGAUGCACAGAAAAACACCUUAACAGUAGCAGAUUUGAUCAUGCAAAGAUGGUGUUCACAUGACCCCGGGUACUGUGUUAAUGCUGUUGAAAUAAACGCACAAUGCUUCUGUGUACACAGUCAGACCUGGAACAGGUAUAAGACACAAAAAGCCAUAUUUUAGUUAACUUGAAGUUGUGCCCAUUUUUGAUUUUUACUAUAACUGGGAAGUGUAUUGGGAAACUACAUAAAGUGUAUGUUUGGUAACUGGAACACAGAAACAACUUGUGCCUAUUGACAAUCAUUUUGUUCAUGUAUUUGUAUUGCAUGCUGUCGCUUUCUUUAUUUUGCGUUUUGUUUUUGCACGUUUACUCUUACUUUUUACAUAACAUUUCUUUAAACUCUUGAUAUGUUGUGGAAUAUUCAACAUGAUGGAUUAAUCGAUAGAGCUUUAUUUCACCAACUGUCUUUUCAUUAUGGGUUAGAAUUUCUUCUGAAAAAAACAACAACACAGAAUCUGUCUCAGUUUUAUUUGGGUUGUUCAAAUAAAUGGGGAAAAUACAGUUUCCAAUUGUUUCAAAACUGAA